UUCACAAAUUUCCUGUCAAGUGCAAUGAUUCAUGCGACUCGGCCUUUUGUUGUGAAUGAAUGGAUUCAAACAAAAAUCGAAGGAUAUGAAGUAUCUGGCACUGUUGAGCAUGUGGGUUGGUGGUCACCAACAAUUGUUAGAGGUGAAGAUCGUGAAGCAGUUCACAUUCCAAACCACCAGUUCACAGUGAAUGUCGUGAGAAAUCUCAGUCAAAAAACUCAUUGGCGUAUCAAAACUCACCUUGCUAUCAGUCACUUGGAUGUCCAUAAGAUAAAUAAUAUUGUUGCUGACAUGCGCAAAGUCUUGUCCAAGAAUCCUCAAGUUGAGCAGCAGAGGUUGCAUAGAAGAGUAUUUCUGGAUAAUGUUACUCCUGAGAAUCAAGCUCUUUUGAUCCUGGUUUCCUGUUUUGUGAAGACAUCACAUCAUGAAGAGUAUCUAUGCGUCAAGGAAGCUAUACUGUUGGAUCUUCUCAGAGUCAUUAGCCAUCAUAAGGCCCGACUUGCCACACCAAUUCGUACAGUUCAGAAAAUGUAUAGUGACACCGACUUGGACAGUGUACCAUUUGCAGACUCAAUAUAUAACCAUUCUGGAGUAACAUCCAGACGCCCACUCCUACUGAUUGAACCCUCAUACAAAAUCAAUGGAGAAGAUAAAAAAAGAAGCCGUACGCAAACUAGUGGAGAGCGAGAUGGGAAAGCCACAAUGCGGCCAGCACCUGACUCCAAGGUCAGAGAAACACCAACUUCUGACACCAAGGCAGAUUCUAAAGUUGGAGCAACACCAGUAUCUGACUCCAAGACCAGAGAAACACCAUUAUCUGACUCCAAGACCAGAGAAACACCAUUAUCUGACACCAAGGCAGAUGCCAGGAGUGGAGAAAUGCCAAAUUUAAACACGAAGGAGGGUUCUAAGGGUGCAAAAUCAUCUAUUUCUUAUCCCCAAGGUGACAAAGAAACGGGGAAGUCAACAUCUAAUUCUAUCUCCAAGAUGAAUUCUAGAGACACUGAAAAGUCUGAUUCUGAUUCCAAAGCAGCAGGCAUAGUGUCGAACACAUCUAAUUCUGUCUCCAAGAUGAAUUCUAGAGACACUGAAAAGUCUGAUUCUGACUCCAAAGCAGCAGGCAGAGUAUCUGAUAAUUCGACGCAAAAUAUCUCUGAUAGAAAGCAACUUAAGACUGCAAGUUUAGGGAAUGUUAUUCCGAGCACUAUUAAUAAACCUACAUUUUCCUCAUCAGAAGGUGGUGCUGACAAAACAAGUGGGUCAGCGGCAUCUCCAGUGAAACAGGAAGGUGAAAGGAUGCCAGUUCCAGAGCCACCACCGUCAAGGCCUGCUAGAGAAGAAAAUAUAGUGCUUGGUGUUGCUUUAGAGGGCUCAAAGAGAACCCUUCCUAUCGAGGAGGGGAUGGCUUCCCCUUCGCCUCAUGUAGCGGCAAAUGAUUUGGCAUCUAGCCGCAAAGGAAAUGCAUCUCCAAUUGCUGAUAAGGGUAAGAAAAAUUAUCAGGUUCCAGCUGCACCGGGUUCAACAUCUGGUAGUGAUUGAGUUUAGGAAGAUAAAGGGAGUCGUGGCUUAUGCCCUAUGCAAUUCCUGACUCUUUUAGAAAGGCACUCCAUGAAGCUGUAUUUUUUCAAAGCUGCUCACACUGUACAGUGUACAUGCUUACUGUAUUUUUCGUCAUUGUUGUUGCCAAUGGUACUCUGUAGUAUUUGUCGGCCCUUUUCAUUGGGCCAACAAUACAUCAAAGAAAAAUGUAAGCUUCCUUCACGGCCAUUUGAGGCUGAUCUGUUUGGAUUUCUUUCACGAUUACAAAGAUGUUCAUACAUGUCCAAGUUGAAAUUGGGGUUCAUUGUUUCUCUCA